CUCACACAGCGGCUAAUUAUAGCUCAGUUCUCGUGCGAUCUUGCCAAUCGAUGUAGUAUCGGUCGACAGCGAUCAUGUUUCAUUCAACCAACACCAGUAUGAAUGACAGGAAUGCCUAUUAAGCCGGCGACGUUUUUUAAUUGUUCAUGCAACAGGUGCACUGAACCCGAACCAUCAAAUUGGUGUCGUGUGCGUACGUGUUCCUGGCCGCUAGUAACCCUGCCAACAGGAAGAAAGUGGUACAGAGAUGUCUUCCUGCUGUCAGCAUGUGCGUCGGGAGUUCGAGCUGAGGAACCUAGGGUUUGGGGGAGUGCACCCGAAUCAAUUUACGCGCUUCCACUUUCCAUGGCCUCCUUUCCUGUACGCUGUAUACCGAGUGGUCCUCGCGCUGUAUGCCUUGUUCUGGUUGUUGGUCACAUGCAUGGAAUUUACGGCCUUGACCGCGCAUCAGGAGCUGAUUCACGUUUGGCCUGUGUAUUUGUCUCAUUGGGCGUACUUAAUUCUCACACUGUACUUACUCUUGUACGCACUGGCCGUGUCCUUCCACGUGUGUCGUCAGCCUAAGUUCUACUGGAGAGUUCCAUCCAGUGAUACUGAAACAGAUGUGCCGCAGGAACGUAUGGAUGGCAUCAUUUUAUCAGAAGUGAUGCGUUCAGAAGAAGUUUGUUCCGAAUUUAAAAAUACGGAAAACCAUUUGGUUCCAUCUAGACGGAAGACAUUACAGUGGUAUUUUAAGAUCACGUGGGCUCUAUACGGUUUGGCAUCUAAUGCUGCUCUUAUGGUCAUGCUCGUCUUCUUUGUCUUCCUGUGGCCGAGGUUGAGCCACCAGGAAGGCAUCAGCAAUAUGAACCUUCAGACUCACGCCAUAAACGUCGUUAUUAUCGGCCUUGAUCACGUGCUCGGCCCCAUCCCCGUGCGACUACUGCACGCGAUAUACAGUGUGGUCUUAGGUCUGUUAUAUUUAUUAUUUACUCUGGUAUUGUUCUGGACCGGUGACAGUAGACCGAUCUAUCUCUUCAUCCUUGACUGGGCAAACGAUUGGCAAACGUCACUUGUGACGUCAGCAUUAUUAACGUUGUUAGGAGUACCUUUAAUACACACGUUCUUCUUUUUCAUGUAUAAAGUCAAAGAAUGCAUUAGUGACAGAGUGAAACAUGUUCUCGCCGAGAAGGAACGCCGUGAACAAUUUCGCAAAGAACCCGUUACUGUGUUAUAGUGUCUUUUGUCUGUCUGCACCAUUGACAAUAAAAUGAACUUUACCUGUCAGUGAAUGUCGAUAUCAGUCAAACUUUUAAACAAGAUUUGUGCUGAGUGUAAUUUUUUUGUAUCGGGAGCUGACCUGCUUUGUUCUAGUGAAGAAUGUUUUUAUUCUAGGGGAUUGGUGUGCACAUCUGACGAUAGAUAAGGGUACAUUAUGACCCUGGCUGUUGCGAAGACGUUAGAUCCAUGAAAAAUAAAACUACACAUUUUCUCCUCGUAUACUGAACGUGGAAUCUUAAAUCUAUUGUCAAACCGUUUACUUAGAAACUUCAGCGUUUCACGCUUAAGUGAUGGUCAGCACUUGGUUGUUUGUUUGUUUUAGUCGUGUCUGAUCUUUGUGGGUAUGACUACAUGUGUGUCCGCAUUGGCUAUCGCACUAACUUAAUAAAUUUGACAAAGUUG